UUUCAACCCAAAACACACCACCCUAGGAGAGAGAGGUUAGAAAGCGAUAGCGGGUGGUUCCCACAACUACAGGAUGACUACUCUGACUGCUCCUCCUCGUACAACCGCUGUAUGCGGUUACGGUUUAUCGACCUUCAUGGUCGCCUCUGCCUUCCUAUCGGGGUUGGUAAGCGUAAGCAACAUGUCGCGGACACCCGUGCCGGUUUCAUCGCCACCACCACCACCGCCACCUCCUGGAGCUCACCAUCACCCUGGAGAUAAGUACGACGACUGGGAUUCGGAUUACGGCUGGUUUGCGUUAGCCCGGUCCGGUUUCCUCGAUGCGGUUUCCGUGGCACUGAGUUACCUCAGUUUGCUACUCGCUCUUGCAGUGAUGGCCUAUGAGAUGUACAGUCAC